CUUUUGCUGGGCGUUUGUUGGUUCAAGUUGGUUGGUCGCGUCGUCGCUUCAUUCUUUCAGAUUUUCAGACAUCAUCAUCACCCAGUCAUCAAAUGCAAGACAAAAUAGUGUUAAGUUGUUAUUAAUGUGUUGUUUAUUGUUUACGUAUUAAGUGCAACCUUCGAGGCGUAAUUUUUUCUUUAUUUAGUUUAAUUAUCGGUAAACAAUGAUAUCUCUUCGGUACACCAGAAACCUUUUUUUGAGAUCAUUCUGUAUAGUCUACCUCUUUGCAUUUAUUUCUUUCUACGUCCAAAUUCCUGGAUUGUACGGCGAUAAUGGAAUAUUACCUGCAAAAUCGUUGUUAGAAAAUAGUAAACACAAGACUUUAUCAGCUAAAGUACAUUACCAACCCACAUUACUGUGGCUUGCCCCCUACUUGGGCUUGGAUGUUAAUUAUGCUUUGGAUGUGUUGGCACUACUUGGGAGCUUUUUGGCCUUUACAGGGUUUAUUUCACAAAAGUUUUGUACAAUUCCGCUCUUUGCUGGGUUGUGGUCUUUGUAUUUCUCUCUUUAUCAAGUUGGUCAAGUUUUUGUGAGCAAUAAUUAUGACGAAUUUCUACUAGAGUCCGGUUUCCUUGUCCUCCUCGUGGCCCCUUUACUCCCCGGCCGGAGAAAAGGCUCGAAAGUUUUACCAAGCGAUUCCAUCAGUUUUUGGCUAGUGCGUUGGCUACUUUUUAGAUUCUUGUUAACAUGUGGGUUGUUAAAAUUCAUCAGUGGUUGUCCUAAAUGGUGGACUUUAUCUGCAUUUAAUUACUAUUUUGAAAGUUUACCAUUACCAACGCCACUCUCUUGGUACUUCCAUCAAAUUCCUGCAUGGUACUUGAAACUGUUCGGCGUCAUUGCUAAUGUUUGUGAGAUUGGGAUUCCGUUUUUGUUCUUCGUGCCUAUUCGGGCGGUACGCAUCACCAGUUUCAUCAUCCAAACAUUUCUUCAAAUAUCGAUUGUACUUACUGGCAAUUAUAACUUCACCAACUUAUUGAUGGUAACCCUCCUUUUAUCUUUGUUGGAUGACCAGUUCUUCUACGGCCGUCGAAAACCCUUCACCAAAUGGAAUUUUAUCGAAAAAGUCGUAAAUAUUUUAAUAUAUGGCGCCCUUUUCUUAGCCGUUGUUAAACUAUAUUCUUUGAAACUCGACGGAACUGUUAUCGAAUCUAAUAUUGCAUUUACAAAAGACCAGUUUGAGUAUGUCCUCAAACAAGGACUUAUAAUCACUAUUUACUUAGGAUUAAUCUCAUUGGCUGUCACAAUUCUACGAGCUUUAUCAAUUUCCUUGUUUGACAUCCAAGGAUCAAAAGUAUUUACAAUUAUUACAACAAUUCUUUAUUCGGGAAUUGCUGUUCUUUUAUUCUUCGCUAGUACUGUGCCUCUUGCAUCCUUACAUACAGCCUCUAACUCAACUGUGCAUUCAAGUGUCCGCACUGUAUAUAACCGACUUCAUAAACUCCAUGCUGUCAAUCAGUAUGGCCUUUUCCCGAAGAUGAUUGGAGUUGAUGGUCGACCGGAAAUAAUCUUUGAAGGUUCUGAUAAUGUUGAAGGUCCCUGGCUUGAGUAUAAUUUCUUGUACAAGCCAGGGAAUGUCAACCAUUCACUACCUUUUGUUGCACCAUAUUCCCCCAGAUUAGAUUGGCAGAUGUUUUGGGCGGCUUACAACACUUACGAGAAACAGCCUUGGAUUUUGAGUUUAGCUCACAGACUUUUGAUGGGAAAACCGGAAGUUUUGGCUCUUUUAGACCGUCAUCAUUCUCCCUUUAACCAAAAGCCGCCAAAAUACAUCAGGGGGGUUCUUUAUAAAUACAAGUAUUCGUCGUGGAGUCAAAGGUCGCAGCCUUCAUGGUGGGUUCGUCAGAAAGUUGGGGAGUAUUUCCCCGCGUUUACUAAAGACUCGCCAGCUUUGGUUGAAUACUUAAAGGCUAGAAAUCUCUUGCCUACGACUUCGAAACAGAGUGUUAACCCCAUUUGGAAGCAGGUUUUGGAUGGGGUGAGAUUUGUUACAGGGCAUUUAGAGGCUACUUUGCUGUUAUGGUCAGUUUUUACGGCUGGGUGUGCCAUUAUUACAACUUCUGCGAAGAAAUAAGAACUGAGUCACUAGUUAUUUUCUCUUUUUUUUUUUAAAGUUAAUUUCUUCUUAUGGUGUGAUUUUUUAUUUUUAUAUGUGCACAAAUUUAUUUCACCCCUUUCCAUUUAGACACGAACGUCAGAGAUUUGUCCCGUGUGAAGUUUUUAAAUGUCAUGUUUUUGUUAGUAAAGUGCAAAUAUAUCAUUUAUUUAAA